GGUGGCCGUGCCUCUUAUCCCGGGCCAGGGGCGGCUCGGCGGGGUGCCUGGUGCUGCCGCGGGCAGGAAAUGAUAGGUAGAAAAGAAUCCUGUGCUUCAGGACAGCUACCUAUGACCUACCUAAGCUGCCUUGCUUACAUACUGGAAGAAUGGACUGCUGUGGAAUACCUGAAGAAAUAUUUUUUCCACAUGGUCAUCAUCUCACUGACAAUUAGUGCAAUGUUAAUUUUUUUUAUUGUUCCUUUAACAAUCCUCUUUUUCAUUUACCUUACUAAUGUUUUGCUUUUAAUAUAUCAGAGGAAUGAUGAGGUAAAAGCUGCAAAAGAUCCCUUGAGUAAUGUUUGGGAUAGUGCAAGAAAAACUGUGGCAAGCUUUUGGGAUAUAUAUGCAAGAAUAUGGCAUGGUUAUGAACUUCAUGGUGUGGAAAACCUACCAGAAGGACCAGGCAUUCUUGUUUAUUACCACGGAGCUAUUCCCAUAGACUACCUUUACUUUUUAUCUAGGCUGUUUCUCUGGAAGAAAAGACUUUGUCUGUCAGUAGCUGAUCACUUUGUCUUUCGUUUACCAGGACUCAAGUUACUGUUAGAAGUGACUGGUGUUAUGCCAGGUACGAGGGAGGAGUGUCUCAGUGCACUGAAGAAUGGUCACCUGGUGUCUAUAUCACCAGGUGGAGUUAGAGAAGCAUUGUUCAGCGAUGAAAGUUAUCAGCUCAUGUGGGGAAAUCGAAAAGGCUUUGCUCAGGUUGCUCUAGACGCAAAAGUGGUGAGUAUUAUCCCAUCCAUUCCAAUGUACACUCAAAAUGUACGAGAAGGAUACAGGAUGUUUAAAGAACGAAGAUUUUUCAGAAAAUUGUAUGAAAGUACACGAUUGCCAUUUACUCCUCCAUACGGAGGACUUCCAGUUAAAUUUCGCACAUAUAUAGGGGAGCCGAUCCCUUAUGAUCCAAAUAUAACUACAGAUGAGUUAGUUGAAAAGACAAAGACUGCAGUUCAGGCUUUGAUAAAGAAGCACCAAACGAUCCCAGGCAGCAUAUGGAAGGCUUUAAUGGACCGAUUUGAUAGACAUCGUAAAAGUGAUUAGAAUGCUUAUGUUUAUUUCAUUGUUUUUACA